AUGGAAAAGUUCUAUAACAUCGCUCGGCAGAACAAUUGGGUAGAUUCGGAUAUAGGUGGACCACCAAAAAGAAAAUUUUUACAGCCUUGUUUGCCAUUAAUAGAAAUAAGACGCAUAUGGAGCGAAAAAUUUGCUGCCUUUCUUAUCAGUCAACACUCAAAUAAAUGUGAAGUACGCGAAUUUUUCAAACUAGGUAACAGUUUUAGCGAAAAUCAAGAAGAACACAUUUUUCUUGGUAUAUCCGAAAGAAAAAAAUAUCGGAUAAAAUCGAGCAAAAUGAUGACUUUUGGCGGAUUAACAAAUUGUGGACUGAAAUCAGCAAAACUUAUUAACAUUCGAUAUAAAAAGUUAUCAGCGCAAACGAUAAACGAUGAGGGAUUACUGUUAUCGCAAUAA